UUUUGUGCAGAUGUUCAUUCUGCUGGACUCGCUAAAGAAGUGGCGCACUGCUUUGGUGCACGAAGAGGCUCGACACCGUCUUCUGGCUAGUCAGUGUGGCGAUCAGCAUUUUGCUGAGCUGGAGAAACUUCGUGCUGAGAACGCGGGUCGUCUCCUGCAAAUUGAUCAGAACUUUUCUCAAAUGGAGGACCUUUCUGAGAAAAUUAUGGACAAGGAAGCUGAGUUUUCUCAUCUUGAGACUCAGUUUAAGGAGUUGGAGGUCCAGCUGGAGGCGGCUCGCAAGGAGGUUGCUUCGCAAAGAGUGUUCUCGACAAGUCGGCCAUGCUAG